AUGAACUACAACCAACAACCAGGGAGUGGUGGUCCGGGACAACAACAACCACCGAUGAACCCGCAACAGUCACAAGGACAACAACCACAACAACAAGGUAGACCAGGUAAUGUCCUCACAGCACAAAUGUUGGCCAACUUAACCCCCCAACAAUUACAAGCAUUCAAAAACCAUCCCCAAUUUCACGAAAUAGUACGAGCAUACACGCAAAGACAACAACUAGCAGCCUUACAACAACAACAACAAGCAGGCAACAGACCACCCAUGUCACAACAAUCAACACCACAAAUGCAACAACAAAUGACCCGAGAACAAAUGUUGAAACAACAACAAAUAUUGAUGAAUCAACGAAUACAACAACAACAACACCAGAAAGGACCACCGGGACAAAUGGGUAUACCACCAAGUGGUAUCCCCCCACAACAACAAGCGCAAAUGCCGUAUAGACAACAACCACCACCACAACCUGCCCCAGGGCCCGGAAUUAAUCAAUUAUCACCCCAGAUGGUGCCAGGGGGAAGGAUUCCUCCAAAUAUGGCCAUGAUAAAUAAACAACUCCCACCUGGUGCCCGAUUACCUAAUCAGCCUGGAGGGGGGCCUAUUGGAGUUGGACCACCACCUAUGGCUGGUAAUAUCCCGAUUGGAACUGGUAUUCCUCCUGUUAUGGGUGCACCUGGUAGUGGUGGUCCAAAUCCGAUUAUGGAACAUCCUGGAGUCAUGUCAGGUGGACCUGGAGUUGGUAGUAUUGGUGGUGCUACUCCUAUUCAACAACCACCAAUUAUGGGUGCGACUCCGAUUAUUACUUCGAGCCUUGCUCCUCAGUUCCCUCCGGAAGUAUUGAGUAAGAUUCCGAUGAAGACGUUGACAAGUUUCCAUGAAUGGUCGGAUAAGUUAAGAUCCGAGGGGAAGUCAGUACCUUAUGAUGUUAAAGUAUAUGAAUCUAUGAUUAAGAAGGAUUCUCAAUUUAUAUCGAAAUUAAAUCAACAAACUAGGGAGAAUAAAAUCACGUUGGAGAAUUUUAAUAAAGAUAUCCAAGCCUAUAAUCAUAUCAAACAACUUCGAAUGAAUUCCAUCAAUUUAAGCAAUAAAGGACAAUAUAAUAAUAGUAUUUGGGGAGAAGGAUAUCAAGGCUAUGCCAAUGGGAUAACCAACACCUCCACGAAAUUAUAUCUCCCGCAACGUGAUCUAACCGACAGGAUGAUAAAUGAACGAGUCAUGAAAUAUUCCAAAAAACCCAAACAUUACGUCCCCAUCCGACUUGAUUUCGAUCAAGAACGUGAUCGAUUCAAACUCCGUGACACCUUUUUAUGGGACCUAAAUGAAGAAGGAAUGUCCGUUGAAUCCUUCGUGAAACAACUUCUUGAAGAUUAUAAAUUCAUCCCCAAAGGGUAUUUCGAUAUCAUCGCCACCACCAUCAAAGAACAAAUCAGUGACUAUCUGAAAAAACCCCUCAAAACAAUGGGUGAGAUCAGAGUGCCCAUAAAACUCGACAUCACGAUCAAUAAUACCCAAUUAACCGAUCAAUUCGAAUGGGAUAUUUUGAAUUGUAAUGAACAUGAUCCAGAAGAAUUUGCCAUGGUUAUGACUGAUGAAUUAUGUUUACCGGGGGAGUUCACAACUGCGAUUGCGCAUACUAUAAGAGAACAAAUGCAAUUUUAUCAUAAGGCGUUGAAUUUAGUUGGAUAUAAUUAUGAUGGGGCACCAGUACAUGAAGAUGAGAUUAGGAAUCAUUUAUUACCUUCGUUAAGACUCGUAUCGAAGAAUUAUGAAGUUGUCGAUGAUUUCUUUUCAAUCUUGAGGAAUCCGACAAAUGUGGCUGAUUUUUCACCUUCAUUGAUCAAAUUAACCCAAUUGGAAGUCGAACGAUUAGAAAAAGAAAUCGAACGAGAAAGUAGACGAAAGAGAAGACAUAAUCUCCUUGAAGAAAACCAGCCGACGAUUGUUAGUGGUCGUGGCAUAACUUCUCGUCGUAUUGCUGCACAUGCUGGUCGUGGUGGACCAACAUUACCCGAUUUGACAGAUUUGCCAAAAACAUUCCGGACUCCGGCUCCAAGUUCGAUUUUACCUGGUGCUGUUGAUUUAGGGGUGCCUGAAGUAUAUGAAUAUAAUGAGAUUUAUAUUAAUAGGACACAAGUGAGAAAUCCGGAUUAUAAACCACCAACUCCAGAAUAUAGUAGUGAGGGGGAGAGAGUUAGUUAUGAUCAUGAUCCUAUUUUGGGUAAUUUGUUUGUAACUAUUAAAUUACCAAGAAGAAGAUAG